ACUACAUACAAAACUCUCUCACUUCAACUUCUCUCUCUACAAUGAUAUGGAAAAGAGGCCCCAUCAUCGGCUGGGGAUCUUCCGCCACCGUCUCCGCCGCCACCACCUCCACCGGUGACCUUUUCGUCGUCAAAUCCACCACCCUUUCCACCUCUAAAUACUUACAAAAAGAACAAUACAUUCUUUCACAAAUAACCUCCAAACAUGUAAUCCAAUACAUGGGCUUUGACGUUACUUAUAACAACAACAAACCCAUGUAUAAUCUGUUCAUGGAGUAUGCUACCGGUGGCACAAUUACUGACAUGAUCAAGAAACUUGGAGGGUCACUUGAUGAGUGUUUAAUCCGGUCUUAUACUUAUCAAAUUCUACUAGGGUUGGAUGAUCUUCAGGUUAAUGGUAUAGUGCAUUGUGAUAUUAAGUGCCGGAACUUGUUAGUUUGCGAAAGCGGUGUGAAAAUCGGGGAUUUCGGGUGUGCGAAAAUGAUGGGAAAUGGUGGAAUGACGAGUUGCUUUUCCGGUACACCGGUGUUUAUGGCGCCGGAAGUUGCACGAGGCGAAGAACAAGGUUUUCCGGCUGAUGUAUGGGCUCUCGGGUGUGUGGUGAUUGAAAUGGCAACCGGGUUGAGCCCGUGGGCCGGGUUAAAUGAUCCAGUUUCGGGUUUAUAUAGAAUUGGAUAUUCAGGUGAAGUACCGGAGUUUCCAACAUGUUUAUCCGAGGAUGGUAAAGAUUUCUUGGAUAAGUGCUUCAAGGUGAAUGUAGAAGAAAGGUGGACGGUUAAAGAACUUUUGGAACAUCCGUUUGUUCGUAAUUUGAAUUCGAGUUACGAAAUGAGUAAUUCUCCGACAAGUAUAUUGGAUCAAGGUUUUUGGGAAUGUUUGCCAGUGUGUGAAAUAUCGAUGGAGCGGGCCCAAAUGGUUAAAUUUCCCGGUGAGUCUCCGGUGGAGAGGAUAAGGCGGUUGGUUGAAGUUGCUCCUUCGUGUUUGGCCCAUUGGAGCGAUGAAGAUGACUGGAUAGCGGUUAGGAGUAAUCAGGUUGAGGAAACGAAUGUUGAAUAUAGUGAUUGUUUUGGUAGUAUUGAUAAAGAGUCGUUUAGUUCUUUUAAUAUGAUUGUAGAUGACGAAGAAGACGAGCUUGAAAGCUUAGUCGUAAAUAAAUAUAAUAUGAUUUUAUAGUAUUCGAUUGUCACAUGACUAAUAAUAUUAUCAUGUCACGCCAAUUAGGUAAACUUAGAGCAGUUUCAAAGGUCAAAAAUUGUAUUAAUAAAGAUA